AUGGCGAUGGUGGCGGUGGCAGUGGCGGUGGCGGUGGCGGCUCUUGCUUGGGUGGCCAUGGCCAUGCCGCUCGCCUGUGCCAUGGCCGAUGACCCCAAGAAGGUGGACAACUGGUUCAAUAGGCUUAGCCAUGCUGAGCGUAAGACCACAUGCCUCCACUUCUUCUUUCACGACACGAUAUCAGGCAAGAGUCCCACGGCGGUGCGCGUUGCCGAAGCCACGAUAACAAAGAAGUCCCCGACACUGUUCCGGGUUGUCAACAUGAUGGACGACCCAUUGACUGAGGGACUCGAGCCAGAGUCCCCCCUCGUGGGCCGGGCUCAGGGGUUGUAUGGCUCGGCUGGGCUGGAGUCGCUGGGCCUGCUCAUGAACAUGAACCUUGUAUUCACGAGCCCAAAGUACAAUGGCAGUACCCUGAGCACAUUGGGCCGCAAUCCGGCGUACGAGACCUAUCGGGAGAUGCUCAUCGUCGGCGGGACUGGCUUUCUCCGGUUGGCGAGCGGAAUCGCAACGGGCAAAGAUAUAAUUUCUCAACCACAACACCUUUGA